UUAAGUAUCAGCUGCUCUUGUUUAUCACUAACAGCUGAGUUCCCUUGGCCCAACCUGUUGUAAUAAACUGACUGUAACAGGUCGUAUUGUAAAGUUAACUCAUACAUGAACUUGUGUGGACACGGUUUAUUAUGAACUCAGCCAAAGUUAGGGAGAAUAGAAACCGAAAGUAAUUGAGCCAGUUGAAUGGAAAACGAAUCUGAAGCGAAUAAGAGGCGGUCCCGAAGCAGAUUAUAAAAACAGCAUAGAUGCACACCUCUGUCACAGCUGCUCCGGAGCAUCAGUUGUUUACUUGCCAUCAGCUGGACGUCUGUUAUUCGUGAGAGUUACCGAAGUGAUCUCAAGGACUGUCAGUAUGGAAAUAACCAUCAAAACACUGACUGGGACCCCCCACACCCUGACGGUCUCUCCAGGGGACACUGUGAGCUCCCUGAAGAGCCUCAUCCAGACCAGACUAAACAUCCCAAUUCUCAGCCAGAGGUUGGCGUAUGUCAGUGGUCAGAAUAUCCCCCUGAACGACGACCGCAGACCCCUCAGCUCCUACGGCCUGCACACCGGCUCCGUGGUGUCCCUGCUGGUGACUGAUCCGGCUCCGUUUCAGGUGUUUGUCAAGAAUGAGAAGGGACGGACGAACACCUAUGACAUUAAACCGGACGUCACUGUGCAGGAGUUCAAAAAAAAAGUCUACGCCAGAGAGCAGGUUCCGGUGGACCAGCAGAGACUAAUCCACGAAGGGAAGGAGAUGAUGCAGGGGACCCUGGCGGAUUAUGGUGUGAGACCUCUGUCCACCAUCUACAUGACUCUGCGGCUCAGAGGAGGCUGAGGACACUGUCAGAUUUAAUUAUUUUUUAUUUAAUUCAUUUAUUUAACAGAUACAAAAGUCAGUGUACUGAUAAUUAUUUAGAUUUCUAACUUUAAUUUUCUAUCUAGAUUUUUUUUUUUUAAUUAAGAAAUGGUAACUGUUCACUGUUACAUAAAAAUAAAGGUAUUAAUAAUGAAACUUUGCACAUUCUGUAACAUUUCCUGUACCAUUCUUCAUCUUUAUUCUGAGUAGGACUCUAUCCUGUUCAGACCAACUACAAUAAAGACAACCAAGGCAUUCUU